CAGUCGGACCUCAGGUUUCGAUGCAAUCAGGGUGCUGCUUAUAUAAGCUCUCAUUCCGGUCAUCCAGGUUCCCAACCUCAAAGAGGGGACCCUCGGGAUACAACACCGCAUUUGCAGAGAGGGGAAAGCACGGCAACCAGACAGGGUCGCACAACGAGUCACGCAGGACAUGCGUUCCUGUUCAGGGAGCUGGGCCGGCUGUGACCGAGCUAUGAAUUAUACGUCGAUUUAUUUGAUGUUUCGCAGAUCAAUGUGUACAGUGUAGGAUUGAAGCCACUGAUUAAUACAGGUUUGACAGUUUGACACCAUGGCCGGAGCAGUGAGACAACCAAUUGAUAUAGCAUCGUUCGAGGAUUAUGUUAAGGCCAAUGUCCCUGAGAUCAAAUGUCCCAUUUCAUUGAAACAGUUCGGCUACGGCCAGUCCAACCCAACCUACCAAAUCAUUGACAGCUCCGGCAAGAAAUAUGUCAUGCGCAAAAAGCCCCCGGGCAAGCUCGUCUCCAAGACUGCCCACAAAGUCGACCGCGAAUACCGCAUCAUGACCGCCCUCGCCACCACCGACGUCCCCGUCCCCAAGACCUACUGCCUCUGCAUGGACGACACCGUCAUCGGCUCCCCCUUCUACAUCAUGGAGUUCCUCGACGGCCGCAUCUUCGAAUCGCCCGACAUCCUUAGUGUCUCCGCCGUGGAGCGCAACCAGAUGUGGCACGAUGCGAUCCGCACGUUGGCGAAGCUGCAUCGCGUCGACCCGAAGAGCGUGGGGCUGGAGACGUACGGGAAGCCGGCGGGGUUUUAUGAUCGGCAGCUGACCACGUUUAAGACGCUGUCGAAAGCGCAGGGAGAGACGGUAGACGUAGAGACGAAGAAGCCAGUCGGUGCGGUGCCGAGGUUUAAUGAGAUUGUUGAGUUCUUCGGGCAGAAGAAGUACCAGCCGGAGGAUAGGGGGACGCUCAUCCAUGGAGAUUAUAAGAUAGACAACAUCGUCUUCCAUAAGACUGAACCUCGCGUCAUUGGUGUUCUGGACUGGGAAAUGUCCACCAUCGGCCAUCCGCUCUCCGACCUCUCCAACCUAAUGGUCCCUUACUCCCUCACGGCGGCACACUACCCCACCGCGCUCGUGAUCCCCGCCACCUCGGACUCCUCGCAGCCUCUACGGCGAGGCACCUACUCAACCUUCCACACAAGCAUUCGUCUCGGCGGUCUGCCGCCUGCAGAGACUGUCGUCAAAUGGUACAGUGAAGUCGCCGGUUGGGACCCUACCCCCGAUCUUGCAUAUGGACGAGCCUUCAGCUCUUUCAGAGACACAGUGGUGUUCCAGGGAAUUGGGGCGCGCUAUGCCGCGAGGCAGGCGAGCAGUCCACAGGCAAAGUUCGUGGGGCAGGAAAUUGCUCCGUCUGCGGAAGUGUGCUGGAGGCUGAUUGAGGCGACGCGAGCGGCAAAGGCAAAACUAUGAUUUCUGAUAGUUAGCGAGCAAUGCAUUUUCACUUGAAGUUAUAAAUUCAUGAGCCAUAUCGGCAUUGGAGAAUGGAUGUGACGAUCGGUGCAGGUGGAUUUUAAGAGCCGACAAACCCAAAAUGUAUCUCUAAAACCUAGAAUAUAU